ACAUGAUUUUACAUACCAAAUGCUAAACUAAGUGUUACAGAGUAGUACUCUUAUUGACUUAUAAGAUAGUGAGGAAUUAACCAAGAAAAUGGACAUAGCAUUGGAAGAAGAAGUAUUUGAGCCAGCAAGUCCAAGCUCACAAUAUUUAAACAGCUCCAACUUAUCACUCUGUGUUAUUGCUGUCUUGGAAUCAAAAAUUCCAAUUGAAUAUGAAGAGUCACUGCCCUUAAAUUUACUCAAGGAUGUCUUUGUACCUAUAAAUCCACGAUUUUCCUCAAUCAUGGUAACAGGAAAGAAAGGAACAAGGAAAUGGAAGCGAGUGGAAGUGAACUACGAAGACCAUAUUAGAACACCUAUAUUUCCUAGUGAACAAACACUCGAUUUCUAUAAUGAGUGUUUCUCCAACUAUAUAUCAAACUUAGCCACGGAACAAUUCCCACAAAAUAGACCACUUUGGGAAAUUCACAUAUUCAAAUACCCAACAAAAGAUGCAGCUGGAAGUGUAAUUUUCAAACUUCAUCAUUCUCUUGGAGAUGGUUAUUCUUUAAUGGGAGCUCUUCUUUCUUGUUUACAAAGAGUUGAUAAUCCUUCACUUCCUUUAACAUUUCCUUCACGUCAAAGAACAACUUUGAGUUCGAAAGAUAAAGCUUUUAGUGUUUUAAAAGUUGUGCCUAGAUUUUUCAAGGGGGUUGUGAAUACAGUGUAUGAUUUUGGAGAGAGUAUUUUGAAGAGUACUUUGGUUGAAGAUGAUCGGACGGCAAUACGAUCUGGUGAUGAAGGAGUAGAGUUUCGUCCGAUUGUUGUUACUACCAAAACAUUUUCGCUUGAUUGCCUUAAACAAAUCAAGGCCAGUUUGAACGUGACAAUAAACGAUGUGAUAACAGGGAUAGUGGAAUACGGUACGAGAUUAUACAUGCAAGAAGUAAACAAGGAAUCAUGCAAUGGAAAAUGUACUGCCCUCGUUUUAUUCAACACUAGAGCUCUUGGAGGUUACAAGUCAGUGAAUGACAUGAUCAAGCCUAAUUCUGAUAUGCCUUGGGGAAAUCACUUCACUUUCCUUCCUGUCUCUUUACCUACGCUAACUAAUUUGGCUAAACGUGAUGAUCGGUCCUCUAUUAAUCCUCUUGCCUUUGUUCAAAAAGCUCAUCGAAUGAUCGACAGGAAAAGAAAUUCUGCUUCUGUUUGGCUUACUAGUAAAUUGCUUCAUUUCUUGAGAAAGCUUAGAGGUCCUGAGGCAACAGCUCGAUUUAUUCAUGGAACGUUGAAGAAUACAAGCAUGGCACUGACAAAUCUAAUAGGGCCAGUGGAAGAGAUGGCUUUGGCUAAUCAUCCUGUAAAAGGACUAUAUUUUAUUGUGACUGGUGCUCCACAGAGUUGUUCAGUGACAAUAGUGAGUUAUGUGGAUAAGCUUAGAAUAGCAAUGGUAGUGGAGAAAGGUUUUAUAGAUCCAAACAAGUUGAAAUCCUGCAUUGACUACGCUUUUGAUACCAUUUUCAAGGCCGCAGUCAAAUCUUCUCCAGUGGCAACAUAGGAGCAACGUCACAAGCUUGUACAAGUUUUUUUCCCUCCUUUUUCUAUUCACACAUUCUACUUGUUUUCAAGUUGUUCAAUGUAACUCCAUAUAUCACCCCAACCAGCUUAAAUAUGUCCGGGUUAUUAUAAAAUGGAUCUUCUUUGUCAUCACUAUGUAUUCCUAAAACCUUGCUGAGAUAAUCUACUCCAUCGCAACUAAAUAUUGUUCUUA